UGUGGAGAGGAUCGAGUGAGACGAUUUGCCGAAAGACCUUUAUAAAUCCUAACAGUACUGUGUGAGCGAGUGUUUGUUAUUGGUUAACUCCGACUUGUUAGUUGCUUCAUUCAUUCAAUAAGCAUAUAGGUGUUUAAAUUAUUUCAUUCCUUCGGCUGAGUAUGAAAUCUGGAGAAUUUGAGUGUCUUAGUUCUGCCAGCUGUGUGAUCUUGAGCAAUAAUUUAACUUCUCUGUGUCAUUUCAUGGGCUGUAAAGUGGGGGGGGGGUCGAUACCGACCUCACAGUGUUGAAGGAGCAGGGAAGAAACCACAGAUGAAAAGUGCACAGCUCAGUGUGAAUAAAUGAUGGCUAACAUUGUAUUUAGGGCAGAUUCCUUGGUUCUCAUGCUCACUGCAGCAUUUCUAUUUCUGUGGCAGUUUCUCCUGUGAUACCCGGUUUAGUACUGGCACACCUGGGCUCUGAAGCUUCUGUUCCCCUCUGAGAAGAGAGGGUGAAAUGGGCUAGUGGGACAGGGAGGACAGUGUGUGCUGAGCACGUGAUCAAGCAGUGGCCAGGGUCAUCUGACUUCUGCUGACCCCGGGACCCUGACCUCUGGCCUCCUGGGGCAUCCUGGUCCCAGAGCACUCUUGCCCGGAGAUUCUCUCCGGCGUGGGUGUUGUCCUGACCUGCCAGGCUUUCCAGAGGCAAGGGCACUGUGCCGAAAGGGCAAGCGCAAUGAGUCUCCAGUCUUUCCCUUUGGGGGGCAAACAGAGGCUGGCAAGUUGAGGUGCAGGCAAAGAGGACCGGGGCUCCCCAGACAGCUGGAAGCCUAAUGACCGGGAAAGGAUGGUCCAGGAAGAGGUUCAGGGGGUGGUGCUCGGAGAGGCUAGGGCUCCUAGGUUAAUCAUCUCUGUGGCUCAGAUAAGCCUUUGCCAGCUGGAAGCAGAGUCAUUGUGACCAGAGGGGUUUGUGUGGCUAAAGAGGUAGACAGGACGGCGUGACCACAGCAGGGGACCAUGCCAAGCACAAAACGGUUCCAACAUGUGAUUGAGACCCCCGAGCCUGGCGAGUGGGAGUUGUCUGGGUACGAGGCAGCUGUGCCAAUCACAGAGAAGUCAAAUCCACUGACCCGGGACUUAGACAAAGCAGAUGCUGAGAAAAUCGUUCAGUUGCUGGGGCAGUGUGACGCGGAGAUCUUCCAGGAGGAGGGGCAAGCCAUGCCUGCCUACCAGAGACUGUACAGCGAAUCAGUUCUGACCACCAUGGUGCAAGUGGCUGGGAAAGUGCAGGAAGUGCUGAAGGAGCCAGAUGGGGGGCUGGUGGUGCUGAGUGGAGGGGGCACCUCUGGCCGGAUGGCAUUCCUCAUGUCGGUCUCCUUUAACCAGCUAAUGAAAGGUUUAGGACAAAAGCCUCUUUACACCUACCUCAUUGCCGGAGGUGACAGGUCUGUGGUGGCCUCUAGGGAGGGGAAGGAAGACAGCGCCCUGCACGGGAUUGAGGAGCUGAAGAAGGUGGCUGCUGGGAAGAAGAGGGUCAUCGUCAUUGGCAUCUCGGCGGGCCUCUCUGCGCCCUUUGUGGCAGGCCAGAUGGGCUACUGCAUGGACAACACAGCUGUUUUCUUGCCGGUCCUGGUUGGCUUCAAUCCCGUGAACAUGGCCCGAAAUGACCCCAUUGAAGAUUGGAACUCAACCUUCCGGCAAGUAGCUGAGCAGAUGCAGAAAAUGCAAGAGAAACAGGAAGCGUUUGUGCUAAAUCCUGCGGUUGGGCCCGAGGGUCUCAGCGGCUGCUCCCGGAUGAAAGGCGGAAGUACCACCAAAAUCCUGCUGGAAACCCUGUUAUUGGCAGCCCAUAAGACGGUGGACCGAGGCAUCGAAGCAUCUCCAAGAUGCCUUCUAGAAAUCCUGCGGACAUUUGAGCGGGCUCAUAAGGUGACCUACGGUCAAAGCUCCAAGAUCGCCACCCUGAUGAAACAAGUCAGCACCAGCCUGGAGAAGAAAGGCCGGGUGCACUUGGUUGGCUGGCAGACCCUGGGCAUCAUCGCCAUCAUGGAUGGAGUGGAGUGCAUCCACACCUUUGGCGCUGAUUUCCGAGACAUCCGUGGCUUUCUCAUUGGGGAUCACAGCGACAUGUUUAACCAGAAGGCUGAGCUCACCAAUCAGGGUCCACAGUUCACCUUCUCCCAGGAAGACUUCCUGACUUCCAUCCUGCCCUCCCUCACGGAAAUUGACACUGUCAUCUUCAUUUUCACCCUGGAUGAUAACCUCACAGAAGUGCAGACGCUGGUAGAGCAGGUGAAAGAGAAGACCAGCAACAUCCAGGCCCUGGCGCACAGCACUGUGGGGCAGUCCCUGCCGGCCCCUCUGAAGAAGCUCUUUCCCUCCAUCAUCAAUAUCAUGUGGCCACUGCUUUUCUUCGAAUACGAAGGCAAUUUUGUCCAGAAGUUCCAACGUGAGCUGAGUACCAAGUGGGUCCUGAAUACGGUGAGUACAGGGGCCCAUGUGCUUCUGGGGAAGAUCCUACAGAACCACAUGUUGGACCUCCACAUCAGCAACUCCAAGCUCUUCUGGCGGGCACUGGCCCUGCUGCAGCGGUUCUCUGGACAAUCCAAAGCGCUCUGUAUCGAGAGCCUCCUCCAAGCCAUCCACUUCCCUCAGCCACUGACGGAUGAGAUUCGGGCGGCUCCCAUCUCCAGCCACAUCCGGGUUGCGCUGGCGAAGGAACAGACUUCAAAGCAACAUAAGCUGAAAAGGAUCCGGAAACACACAGAGUCAGAAGAAGACCUCAGGAUGGAAUGGAGCAAAGAUAACCAGUCACAUAUUUCAGAACUUCCUGUGGACUGGACCCAGGAAUAUAUACUCUGGUCAAUGGCCAGGAGUCUUCAACAGAUCUUCCAACACCUGGAAAGUGCAAGAUUAAGUCUUAUGGAACUGGAUUUGCCUGAAUUGCAGGAUGUGACUUCCUCCACCACCUCUCUUCUUGAGGCUCAGGAAGCUGCUCCACCCUGCUGUGUCUGUGAGAAGGCAGCAUAUUCCAGCGAUCACAGCAUCUCUUCUGGAUCAUCAAGCAAUAGCUCCAGCCUGUCUUACCCUUCUGCCUUCUUUGAGGGGACAACUGGGCAAUUUCAGAGCAAUAGUUUGCCUGUUUCCCACAGAAAGCAAACAGCUGUGUUCAGGAACCAAGGCACAUCUCUGUCACCUUUUCAGCUGUCAGAGUCUGAGCACCCAGAACAUCUUCAGAAUUUGGAAGCUCUUUCACACUUACCACCACAUAACUCUUUUAUUGACUCCAUGUUUGAACCCCCAAAUGUUUGCAAACAAGAAAAGAAAACAAAAAAUAAGAGAAGGAGAAGGAAUCAUUUGUUAUUAGAUCAUGGGCCAAAUUCUGUUUUGAAUGAAAGACUACAACUCCCAGGGUGGGCUCUGUCCCGGCUCUCUCCUUUGGCUAGAGGGGAGCUAGAAGGACAUAUGUCUUGGAAGGUUUGUACUUUGCAGGAACAAACAGUGCCUGUGCCUGUGAAGAAAUCAUGGGCAAUGCUGAAUUAUUUGAUUGAAGUACCAGGAGGAGCCCAUGAACUAGAGAACCCCCAGACUCAGUUAUCUACACUCACUCAUCAAAGCACUGAGCAAAAUAUCAACAAUAAGUCCCCAGACCUUCCAUCUGGAUUAAAUAGGACAGAAACAAGAAUUUCCCAGUCACUUAUCUCAAGUACACAAGUGACUGAUAUGCAGUGGACCCCAAAGCUUCCUUAUAAAGUCACAGAUAACAUAAAGAUAACUCCAUUGGCGUUGCUUCAGGUCAUGGAUUCAAUGGGCUUGAUUCCAGAAUCACCUUUACAAGUGAUGGAAUCUGCAGAUUUCUUCCCACAGGCACCAAAUCAAGCUGUAAAGCCAGUGGAAGUCAUGGAGGCAAUGCAUGUAACUCCCAAAGCACCAAAUCAAAUAACUGAAUCAGUGGAAGUGACUCCAAAGACUCAGCAACAAGUUGUGGAACCAAAUAGGAUGGCUUCAAGGCUAAAUCAAGUCGUAGAUAAUGUGAAGAUAACUCCUCUAGCAUUGCUUCAAGUCACGGCUUCUAAAAGAAUGAUUAACGAAUCAUAUCCACGUAUCAUAGAACCACUAGGAAUGACCCCAAGGCCACAAUAUCAAGCCACAGAGUCCAUGAAGCAAGCCAUUAGACCAGGAAAGAUGAGUCCAAUGCCACAACACGCAGUCAUGGAAACUGUGGAAAAGGCCCCAAGGCCAAAACACAAAGUCAUGGAAUCAGUGAGUACGACUUCAGGGUCACACAGUCAAUCCAUGGAACAAGUAAAGAUUGCUGUAGACCUAAUACAUCAAAACUCAGAAUCAUUGGAAAUGACCUCAAUACCAUCACAUCAGGUCAUUGAUUACAUGAAAGUAACUCCAGUGGCACUCUUACAAACGAUGAGUUUCACGGAGAUUCCACCAGCACAGACACAUGAUAUAGAAUCUGGGGGUUUGAGCCCAGGUUCCCAAUCUCAAAUUGCAAAUUUGACCCCAAGGACAACUCAGUCAGAUGUUUUGACUUCUACUAGCUCUUCUACUGCUAUUGCUCCACUAGGCGUUGUAGAAUCUGUGAGUUUACCUCCAGAGUCAACACCAAAAAUGAUGGAAGCAAGGAAGAGUCUAACACCAUCACAUCAAUCCAUACACUCCCUAAAUGUAAACUCAGUAGCACUGGGUUUACCCAUGGUUAUGAUCACAAAACCACAGUCACAAGUCAUAGAAUCUGAGGGUUUGAUCCCUCAGCCAGUAUCUCAAGGCAAGGAAUCCCUGGAAUUGACUUCUGGGUUAAAGAUUCAAGUGCUAGACGCUGAAGGGGUGGCUCCGUCAUAUCAUCAAGGCACAGAGUCUGCAUCAGGACUGCCUCACCAAGUCACAGAUCCUUCAAGGUUGACUCCAAGGCAUCAAAUCCUGGCAAAUUCUGUGAUGAGCCCAAGGCAAAGUCAUAAAGUGAUAGAAGCUACAGGGUUGACUUCUGACACAUGGCUACCGAUGAAGAAAUCUGUACCGUUGACACAAUCACAUCAUCAAAUAAUGGAACCAUUGGAGACAAUCCCAGCAUCACUAGGUCAGGGUAUAGAAUUUACAGGAAUGCUCCAAAAGCCACUGCAUGAAGUCACACAACCCGCAGUAAUGACUACUCCAUCUGUGCUUCAAGGUGUAAAAUAUAUGGGGGCAAAGCCAAUACCACAACUUAAGCUUACAGAUUCUACAGAAUUAUCCCCUGGAUUGCCAAAUGUAAAAUCUAAAAACCUGAUCCUGGAACCAGCGUUGCAAAGUAUGAACUCUGUAGACACAACCACAGGUUUAGACCCACAAAUGGUAAAUUAUAAACAACCAAUCCCAAGUGUGAAAUCUAUAGACUUGGUCCCCAAGGUUCAAUGGCAGAGUGUAAAAUCUGAGGAGUUAGCUCCCAUACCACAGCUGCAAAGUAGAAAAUCUAUGGAUUUGAUCCCCAGUUCACAGUUUCAAGGCGUACAACGUGUUCAUUUGGCUCUACCCCCAGAGUGUCAAGAUAUAAAAAUGGCACAGGUGACCCUAAGACCACCACUAGAAGAAUCAAAAUCUGUGGAGUUGGCCCCAAAGCCAUGGUUACAAAACACCAGCCUGGAGGAGGUAGCCCCAGUACUAUUGCUUAAAGACAUGAAAACUCCUCAAAUGAUAGAAUGUAGGAGCUCAACUCCUCAGACACAAGUGCAAAGCAUGAAAUUAGGGGAACUGAUCACAGGCACACACCUUCAACCAAUAAAAUGUGUAGAGUUGAACCCUGAUCAAAAUCACCAUGCCACAGAACCUGAAGGACUGACCCCAUGGAAUCAUGACUCAGAAUCUUUAGGGAUGAUCUCAGAGUUAGAAUAUCAAGGAACAGUAGCCAAACUGACCGGUGAUACUUGUCACCAAGUGGAGGAAUCUGUUGGGAUGACACAAUCAUCUUUAGGAAUUACCACAGUUCCAUUGGGCCAAACUACAAAAUCUAUAGAGACGAGCCCAUCGUCACUCCAAGACACUACUGGGACUAUGUUCCCACCUGUAAAAGUGGUAAUGACUCCAGAAUUACAACGCACAAUAGAAGAAUCUCUGAAUUUGAUACCCAGAUCAGAGGUACAAAGUGUGAAAUCAGAUGUAUUGACCCCAGGGCCACAGCUCCAGGGAGUAAAAUCUAGGCAGACUGAUCCAGAAUCACAUUUGCAAGAUGUGAAAUGUGUGAAUUUAAUACCACAGUCAAGGAGAGGAGGGGUAGAAUCUGAGAGGCCAAAACCAGAAGCAAUGGUACAAAGUGUUUUAUUGAAAGAAUUGACUAAAGGAGCAGAACUCCAAAGUGUGACAUCUGUAGAUUUAAAUCUAGACCCAGGGAAAUCAAGUGUCAAAUCUUCUGGAUUGACUCCAGGGCCACAAUUGCAAAGUGUCAGAUUUUCAAAAUUAUCUGUAGGGUCACUUCAAGGAGAAAAACCUGUGGAUUUAAUCUCAGGGCCUCCACAUGAUGGUGUGGUACCUGAUGAAAGGACUCCAAGUUCUCCAAUUCAAGAAAUCAAAUUGUUAGACUUUAUCCCAGGGUCCAAAUAUCCAAGUGUCAAAUCUGCACAGUUGACUCCAGUGGACCUAACCUCAGGACCAUGCUUGCAAGACGUAAAAGUUUCAGAUUUGAUUUUAGAGCCAAAGCAUUCAGGUUUGAAACCAGGAGCUCAGCUUCAAGAUACAAAGUCUGUAAAGUUUGUAACAGAAUCUUCUUUGCAGUUAAACCAAGGACUACAAGUUGAAGACAAGAAAUCUGUGCUCUCUACUGAAGGAUCACAUUUUCACAGCAUCAAACCUAUGAUACUGACCUCAGAACUACAAUUUCAAGACAUGAAAUCUGAAGAAGUAAACCAAGGGCAGAAAGAUACCAACUUUUCUAAGCUAGUUUUAGGCCCAAAGCUUCAAGAUGUCACAUUAGGGGAGCAAACUCAUGAUGUGAAUUCUGUAGUGGUGACUCCGGAGUUAGGACAGCAUGAUUCCAAAUUAGCCAAGAUGUCCUUUGGUUUUCAAGAUAUGAAACAAGUAGGGCUUCACCAAGGGCCGUGGCUACAAGAUGUUAAAAUUUUUAAUUUAAUACCAGGAACUCAGCCUCCAAGUAUGAAGUCUUCAGAGUUAAGCUCAGGGCCACCGCUGCAAUGUAGAAAAAUUUUAGAGCUGACCUCACAGCCAGAGAGGCAAGGGGUUAAACCACAGUUAUUAGUACCAGAAUCACGGUUUCAAGAUGUAAAAUAUGUAACAGCUAACCAAGUACCCAGCUUUGAAGGUGACAUUUCUUAUAAGUUAGUCUCAGAGCCACGGUUACCAAACGUAGAAUCUAUGGAGUCGAAGAUGGGGACACAGUUACCAUGUGCAACCUGUUCUGAGUCGACCAGAGGGCAACAGUCGCAAGGUAUGAAAUAUUCUGAAUUGAUCCAAGAGCCACAGCUGGAAGAUAUAAAACCUGGGGAGCAGAUCCCAGUCUCAUGGUUUCAAGGUUUAAAAUCUGGGAAGCUGAUCUCAGAACCACAGCCAGAAGAUAACACAUCUGUGGAGUUAAUCCUAAGGGCACAUUUGGGAGGUAUGAAAUCUAAGAAGUUAACACCAAAGCGAGAGCCAGGAGAAGUCAAAUCUAUGGUGUUAAGCCCAGGGCCACAGACCAGAGGCAUAAAGGCUGGGGACCUGGCCCCAGGUUCAGAGCUUCAGGGUUUAAAAUCUGAGUUGAUUCCUUUAGGAUCACAGUUGAAUGAUAAGAAAUCUGUGGUCUUAACUCCAGGACCAUGUCCAGAAGGUAUGAAAUCUACGGAGUUAACCUCCAGUCCCCAGCUAAAAGUUUCAAAAUCUGUGGAGGUGACUCCAGGUUCAAGAAUUCAAGAUUUGAAAACUGAAGAGUUAGUCCCGGGUACCAAGGUUCAAGAUAUGAAAGUUAUGGAACUGAAACUUGGGCCAAAGAUGCAAGGUGGGGAUUCUGUGGCUUUUCCAUCAGAUCCAUUGGUUCAGUUUGUUAAAUCCAAGGAAGUUCUUCAAAGGCCUCAACUGCAAAGUAUGAAACCUGAGGAACUGAUUUCAGAGCCACAAAUGCAAGAUAUGAAACUCGUGACUAUUACUCCAUUAAUUAAACUGCAAAACUUAAAAUCUGUGAAGGAUACUCCAGGUUCACAGCUGCACUGUGAAAAAUCUGUGAAGUUGGCCCCAAGGCCGAAGAGGCAGGAGGCAAAAUCUGUGAGUGUUACCAGAAGGCAACAGUUUCAAGGAAUAAAAUCUGUGGAUUUAGACCCAAAGCAACGAUUUCAAGGGGUGACACCAGUGAGUUUAACUCUUGAUCCUGGACAGGAUGGCCAGGUAUUUGUAAACUUACCGGGAUGGAAACAUGUGAAUUUAGAACAACUGACGAAAGGAUUUGAGUCAGACAGUAUAGUGUCUUUGGAGUUAGUUCCAGAGCCCAAAUCAAAAGGUAUGAAAUCUGUACACCUCAAUUCCCAGAUACAGUUGAAAAAUAUGAAACCAUUUGAAUUGGCUCCAGAACCAGAUAUUCAAGAUGUAAGAGCGAAAGCAUUGAAAUAUGAGUCACAGUUGCCAAGUAGAAAACCUCCUAAGUUGACCCCAGGACCACAGCUUCAAGAGAUGAAAACUGUGGAGUUAAUCGGAGAACCACAGACUGGGAGUAUGAAAACUAUUCAGUGGCUAUCACGACCUGAGUUCCAAAGAGUGACCUCCGUAGGGUUAAAUCUUGCAUCAAAAUCUCAAGGUUUUAAACUUGAAGAAUUGAAAUCUUCCACACAAUCAGGAAGAGUGAAGUCAUCUGAACUGACUUUAGGACCUAAACUUCCAGGAACAAAAUCUGCAGAGUUUAAUCCUAAGUCACAGUUACAGUGUGUGAAAACCUCUGAGUGGUUCCCAGGACAAUGGCUACAAAACAGGAAAACUUUGGCAUCAACUUCAGAGCCACAGCUUCAAGGUAUGGAAACUGUGGAAUUAAACAAAGAGCCGCAGGUUGGAAAUAGGAAAUCUCUGCAGUGGAUUCCAGGACCUGAGUUCCAAGGUGUGAAAUCUAUAGCAUUAAAUCUGAAGACGCGAUCUCGACAUAUUAAACCUACAAGGUCGAAAUCUUCCAUACAGCCGGGGAGUAUGAAAUCAUCUAAAUUGACUUUAGGGCCAAAACUUCAAGAUGAAAAAUUUAUGAAAUUUGAUCUUGGGCCACAGGAACAGCGUGGGAAAUCCCCCGAGUUGUUCCCAGGGUCCGAUCGACAAAAAGGGAAACAUUUUGGGUCAACCUCAGAACCACAGCUUCAAGAAAGGAAAUCUGCAGAGAUCUACCAAGGGUCACAGCUUGGAAGUAUGAGGACUAUCGAGUGGAUGCCAGGACCGGAGUUUCAAGUUAUAAAAUCGGUGCUAAGUCUUGGGCCACAAUCUCAAGGUGUCACAGCUCUAGAGUUGAAAGCUUCAAAACAAUUGAGAGAGGUAAAGACAUCUGAAUUGCCUCCAACGUCAAAGCUCCAAUGUAUACAAUCUUUGGCAUCACUCCAGGAAUAUCAGCUUCAUGGGUUCAAACCCAGUGAUUUGAAAUCUGAGCCAGAGUUCAGAAGUAUGAAAUCACAUGACGCGACUUCAAGGCCAAAGCUCUGUGAUGUAAAAUCCAUGGUAUUCAACCCACAGCUUCAUUUGCAAGAUGUGAAAUCUGAGUUGACCCCAGGACUACAGCUACAAGUGAAACCCUUAGAGUCAUCCCCAGGAACACAGCUUCGAUGUACGAAGUCUGUAGUGUUCAUGCAAGAGCCACAGCUUCAAGAAGAGAAAUCCAGGAUAUUAAGCCAACAGCCACAAUUACAAAGUGAUAAAAUUGUAGAGCUCAACUCUCUACUACCCUUGAAAAGUACAAAAUCACCUGAAUUGGCUCUUCAGACAAAGCCUCAAGGUAUGAAAUCUGAGGAGAUCAACUCUGGGCCCCCAUGGCAAAGUACAAAAUGUUCUAAACUGACACCUAAGACAAAGUCCCAAUAUAAAAAAUGUAUUCAGUUAAGCCCCAGCUCACAGUUGAAAGGUACACCAUUUUCUGAUUUGACCAUGGAAAAAAAGAUUCAAGGUGUCAAAUCUACAGACUUCAAACCUCAGCCACAGUCUGAAGGAGUAAAAUCUUCUGAGUCAAUACCUAGGACAAAGCUUCAAGAAACAAAACUGUUGGAAUUCAACUCAGGCCCACAGUUGCAAGAUAUGAAAUCUUCUAGGUUGAUCAUGGGUACAAAGCUUCAAGAUACAAAAUCUAUGGAUUUCAGUUCUGAACCACACUUACAAGGUGAGAAAUCUUCUGAAGUGAUCCUAGGGGAAAAGCUUCAAGGUGUGAAAUAUGUAGAAAUCAAAUCUAGCCCAAAGUUACCAUGUGAUUGCAUCCUGGGGAAGGACUUUCCAGGUAUGAAAUCUGGACAACACUUUAAAAGUAAAAAAGCUUUUGAAGCGGCACCAGGGACAAAACUUCAAGAUUCCAACUUUGGACCACAGAUUCAAAGCCAAAAAUCUUCUGAGUUGGUUCAAGGGACAAAGUUUCAAGAUGUGAAAUCUAUAGAGUUCAACCAUGGUCUAAAGUUACAAGAUACAACAUCGGCUUUAAUACCAAAGACAAAGCUUGAAGGUGGGGAAUCUGCAAAAUUCUACUUGGGCCCCCAGUUGCAAGACGUGAAAUAUUCUAAGCUAAUCCCAGGGACACAGUUUAAACAUAUAAAAUCUAUAGAGUUUCCUUCUAGACCAUAUUUGCAGGGUGCGAAAUCUGUCAUAAUCCCAGAAACAAAGCUUCAAAAAGAAAAAUGUGUGAGAGUUAUGUCUCAGUUACUACAGCAAGAUAUAAAAUCUUUUCAGGUGACUCUAAGUAAGACACAAGAUAGAAAAUCUUUGAGGUCUAACUCUGCUCCACCAUUUCAAAAUAGGAAAUUGUCUAUAUUGAUACCACAAAUAUAUGAUGAAAGUAUGCAAUCUGUGGAAUUCAACCCAAGCAUUGAGUUGCAAGGUGUGAAAUGCGAGUCUAUAAACCAUCCAACAAUGAACUACACAGGGGUCAAUGAUGGCUCCGAAGAAUCCUCUGAGUUGAAACCUACAACAGAGCUUCAAGAUAUAAAAUCUGAGGUGCUCUGCCUUGAACCACAUUUGCAAGGUAUAAACUCUUCUGCACCCAUUCCAGGACCAAAACUUCAGUGUGCAAAUUCUACUGGGUGCAAUCCUGAGCCAUAUUUGUAGGGUGUGGAUUCUUCUGCACACACUCCAGGGUCAAAAUUUCAGUGUGUAAAUUCUACCGGGUGUAACUCUGAGCCACAUUUACAAAGUGUUAAUUCUUCUGCAUGCACUUCAGGGCCAAAACCUGUGUGUAAAUUCUACUGGGUGCAACCCUGACCCAUAUUUACAGGAUGUGACUACUUCUGCCUCUUCUUCAGGGCCAAGACCUCAGUGUGUAAAUUCUACUGGGUGCAACCCUGGGCCAUAUUUGAAGGAUGUAGAUUCCUUUUCAUCCUCUCCUAAGCCAAAACUUCAAUGUAUGACGUCUACUGGGUGCAACCCUGAGCCACAUUUGCAAGGAGUGGAUUCUUUUGCAUGUACUCCAGGGCCAAAACCUCAGUGUGUAAAUUCUGCUGGAUGUAACCCUGGGCCACACUUGCAGGGUGUGAAUUCUUUUACAUCUUUUUUAGGGCCAAAAUCUCAGUGUGUAAAUUCUUCUGGGUGCAACCUUGGGCCACAUUUGUAAGACGUGAAACCUGGAUUAACUCCAGUUUCAAAACUUCAAGGAAUGAAAUCGUGUGAGCUGAAUUCAAGGACAAAAAUUCAAAGCAAUACAUCUAUAAUGGUCAACUCUCAACUAAUCUUUCAAGGUAUGAAAUCUUCGGAGUUAACUCCAGGGGCAACGUUUCAAGGAGUCCAAUUUUUGGAGAGCCAGCUUCAGUGGAAGCAGUAAGUUGCACAACCUGUGCUCACUUUAGGGCCGCCACUAAAUGGUGUGAAAUCUGUGGUAGUUUUACCAGAUCCACUGCUUAA